CAAGUCCCUAUAACCCAUUAUCUACGCCCAUAUAUUAGACCAAUACGCCCCAAAACCCUCAAUGUGCAUUAGGUACCGGUACUACCCUUUUUUCUGUACCGUGUGGUAAUGUAUUUCUUAAAAGUUGUCACUCUCUCGUACUGUUGUUCUUUAGAGCGAAAUAAGAAAUCCUAGGCUAACGUAUACCAUGGACCUAUUACUAGGUCCAUGCGUAUACACAGCGCGUUUGGAAAGGAUUUUUUCUUCAGAGUUCUGUCUUCUAAAUUGCUAAUUGAUUUAGUGAGUGAGUGACACCAUGGACUCUCUCAUUUGAAUACCACUGUGUUUUGAAUAACCUGCUAAUGUGACAGAAAAUUGGUGAUUGGCUCCUUUUUCUGCAUGACCUUUGACCUUGCUUGCUGAUUGGUCCGUCAUGACCCAGCUUGAAUGUGGGAUUAAGGGAUUCCUCUUUACAGACCUCACACUUUCUUCCAUGCAUGUUUGAUACCGCAAGUUCAUUCACACCUUGCCAAUCCUGCAUGUGAGCCACAACUCUUGUUUUCAAUUGACUAUGGGCGUUAGUAGCAGCGUUAACAAGAAAGGAAGAAGCCGACCAAAUACCCCGAAAACCCCGAAAAGUACCACCCCGAGACAAGGCAGUGAGGAUACGGUAGACUGCAAUGGAAGUGUCAAUGGUGGUGAGAACCAGGUAGGAGAGAGUGGCCCUAGACAGGCAAAUGUGGUAGAGGAUAUUGCACUAGAGGAUACUAGAGAAAAUCAGAGUAGAGACAAUCAAGUGACUAUGAGUGAAUCUGCGUCUCCACAGGUUGAAGGUGUUUCGUCAUCACAGGAGAAGAGUAGCGAAAGGGUGACGGUGACCCAUCGAUCGUCGAGUAUGGAGCCGAAGGAUCUUAUGAUCAGUUAUAGUCAUCAGGACAAGGAGAAAAUGAGGAUGAUGAGAGAUGCACUGGAGAAGGCCGGUAUCUCUGUAUGGGUGGACGAGACCGGUCUGAAGGCUGGCGUCGAGUUCCUCAAUAAGAUUGGCCAAGCUAUCAUUGAUGCAAAGGUACAUGUACAUGUAAUUAUUUUGUGUGUAAAUACAUGUAAGAUACAUGUAUGUUCUUGUUUAAUCUAUGAAGGCUGAAUCAGUGAUUUUAUACGUUUAAAUUGUCAAUGCAUUCUAAUUCUAACUUAUUAAUCUUACUAGUUCAUAGAUGCCCUCCACAGUUCUCACAGUGAAUAGCUUUGCUUACCAAAUUUUUGGUCAUAUGAGAAAAGCUCUUCACUACAUUCUGUACAGUUCUACAUGUAUGUAAAAAAUCUGCUGUACACUUAAAGCUAAAUUACAGUAGUUGCAGUAAAACACUGAUUUCGAAAUAGAGUCUGUAAAACCAAGGUUAAGUAUGACUAUAUCAUCGUCGAUCUAGAUCUGGUACAGUUACAUAAACUGAACUUUGUGAAAUCAUAAAAUCUAAGCUGAAAAACAAUCACACUGAAGAUCGCCAACACAGAUAGGCACACGUGGGACAGUGUAUAUUAUUUUGCUGGAAUAAAGACCAGACGGAAGUGCCCGAAUCCGCGCUUAUUUUGCUUAUUUCUCAGCAAUUACACAAUUUCUUCCAGAAUCCUUCGGCACAUAUUUUUUAUUUAUAUCAACAGACACUUCGGUGGUCAUUAUAUUGGAUUCUGUAAAAAGUCAUUUUGAGAUCGUUACCACAACUGGCAAUUACCAUUAAAGUUGAAUUAAGAAGGGGGUGAGUUUCCAUAAAUAUAGGUUCUACAUACAAUAUAUAGUAUAUAUAAGUUGUUCAAACACAUAGCAUGUCACAAUAAUCCUCUGCCUUCUCGAUAUUUUGCUUUGAAAGUCUAUGAAAUUAGCCACCUGUCAGAGCCCGAGAGACGAGUGUACAGAAAAGUCACUCGGAGUGUGACGUCACCGGGGGGGAUUUAGUAUAAGAGGUGCCUGAAUGUCAUACAGAAAUGCUAUGCAGAGAGAGAAAGAUAUUUUACAAUUUUUUUUCAAAGCAACUCAAAUCAAACAAAUGGGACUGAUAUGUACAAAUCUUUACUUUCCCUGUAUAAAAAACAGUAUGAAUAACCACCAUGAACUCUUCAAUCAUGAUGUAAGAUAGCAAACAGUGAGUUAUUGAAUGAUAUUUUCACUAUUUCUCAUUUAUUUUAUCACGAUGUUCAAUCAAGUGAGUAGCUGGAAAGUAAUUCCGGCGGCUAGCUCAGCGCGCGCUGAACGCAUAAUACUAGUACACACAACACCCAGGCAUUGAGUGUACUGUUAUGGUCUGGUAUGUCGACUUAGUUCAUGGCCGUGCAGCGAUCCCCUGGCGUUUUUUCUUCUUUUCUUUUGUCUUUGACUCCACUUUUAUAUCCUCUGGAUCAUUUCCACUCAUAGCUCAUUCCACAGAACAAUCUUGAACCAAACGUAUAGUAUUCUUUCUCGGCCUUCUGAGUUGUUUUCUAUAUUUAAUUACGCUAGGGGUCACCGUCACACAUACAAACGCAAUUCGGAAGUGAGUUGAAGACAGAAAGAUAUAUAGUAAUUAGUAUACAUCUCUAUGGUUGAAGACAACAAGAACGGUACGGUAGCUCGACAGCUAGCUGCGCCGGAGCGGGCGGCCGGUCGGCACAAAGCAAUUCCGCAACCAACUGUGUUUUUUUGCAAGAGCCGCGUCACACGCGGAUAAAUAUGUCAUAAUAACACGUCUGCUACGUUAUCGACUGGUGAGAAGAUCUCGAUCAAAUUUCAUAUUAUUCACCUUGAAAUUAUUCCUUUAGGGUCUAUGGUAUCAUUCUGAGGGAAUUCACAUAUUUGGAAUAAUAGUACGGCCACAAAUAUUUUAAUCAUUUCCUCUUUGCAAGUUCUAUGGCUCGCAGAUACAACUUCAACUGCAGUUAUUCCAUAUGAAGGAGUACGUGCAUAGUACACAAAACGGCACUGCCUUGUUUACUACACCGGGACCGAAUACCCCCCGGUGACGUCACACUCAAAGAACACCCGUCUCGGUAGGCAUUGCAGGAGCGAACUCAGGGAAAAUGGGCAGGGAUAAAUCGUUCAAAUUCACUAUUUUGAAAAAAGAAAAUGGGGGGUCGAAUCACCUAUUAGUGUUUGGGGGGUUGUAAGGUUGCUAUUAAUGUAAAUAUCUCAAUAUUUGGAAUCGUCUUCUUAAUUCAACUUUAAUACUUUUUGUGUAGCAGUCAUAAAAAAUAUGGAGUAAAUUGCAAUGCAAUGCCAGGAAAAGUAUUCCGUUUCUCAACAUUUGUAAAAAAUAAAAUAGAAAAGAAAAUCAUGAUAAAUACAGUUAACAUAGAUGAGAUAAAUUGUAUGCUAAGUCAACUUCAGCCUCACGAAAAAUACUGGGAAAUUU